CGCAGCACGUGCGUAUGGGCCGGACCAAUUCAGCCACGAAGGAAUUCCGGUAAUGUCACGUGACAGGAUCUGCGAAUCUCGAUUGGUCCAAGGCACGUGUCAAACGCGGCGUAGUACGGCGGCUCCCAGCCAAUCAGAAAUUAGAACCAAAGCCUUCAUGAAAGUAUUUGAGCGUCGUCUGAAUCAGAACGGUUUACGCUGAGCGCGUCAAAAAGGUGCGCGGGGGAUCUAAUAAAAACAAAACAAACUAUGAUUUUUCUCCGUUAAAAAAAACGAAGCGUUUAAAAAAAAUACCAGUCGUCAUUUACUAUACUGAAAACGUUUUUUUUGGGGGGCGUAGGGGACGGUAGUAAACAAGAUCUUGUAAAUAUCACCACCAAGCGGUAUCGUCAGAUUGGAAUCAUACUUUGUCUCAGAAGUUCCGAGGAGGCCCAAGCUUCGUCAUCAUUCUCAUCAUUAUGGACGAAAACGCUCGCCGAGACCCGGAGGACUCCGGCGAGGAGUCAAACGGAGCCAUCCCGCCUCUUAUCCUGCCCCCUGGCAACCAGCAGUCUCACAGGACCACCAACUUUUACAUCGACAACAUCUUAAGGCCGGAUUUUGGCCGCAAAAGAAAAGGUGGCACCCCGAUCCGAGAGGCAAGAGAGGUGAUGGGAAGCGCACCCAAAAUCGCCAACCCCGACGGACAGCGAAGCGCCGCGGGAGGAGCGGACGGCUCGCCUCCGAACGACGACCGCCGUCCGGAUCCCCUCGGCCGGAAGGGUGAGCCGAGAGACGGCGAAGAAAGCGAGCAGCUCCGAGGAGACGACCGGAGCCCCUGCCGCAGCCCCCGGGCCAGCGGCGCGGCACCGGAGGGGGCCAAACAGAUGCUGUGGCCGGCCUGGGUUUACUGCACCCGCUACUCCGAUCGUCCGUCGUCAGGGCCCAGAUCCCGUAAACCGAAGAGGGCCCGGACCCCGACGAAAGAGGACAAGCGACCCCGGACGGCCUUCAGCGAGGAGCAGCUGCGGCGGCUCAAGGCCGAGUUCCAGAGCGAGCGCUACCUGACCGAGCAGCGGAGGCGGGAACUGGCGGGUCAACUCGCCCUCAACGAGUCUCAGAUUAAAAUCUGGUUUCAGAACAAGCGGGCCAAACUCAAAAAGGCCACGGGCGGCAAGAACUCGCUGGCGCUGCAUCUCAUGGCGCAGGGAUUGUACAACCACGCCUCGGCCAAGGACGCCAAGUCGGACAGCGAUUAGCCCGCAGCGGGCCGGUCGCCCCCCCCCCCCCCGCCCCCUUCUUUCCUUUCCGAAAGCAAACGGACGAAACGCCUUACUCGCCAAUUUCGAGUGCCGCCGCUUGGCGCUCGCACAAACAAACAAACAAACAAACGAAAGAAAGAAAAAAAAAGCCAUUUCAUUUGUCCGAAACGCCCGAGCACGCCAGAUUCGGAAAUAGCUCGCAGGUUACAUGGCCGUCAACAGUUUUUUCUUGUGUCUUUUCAAUGCGUGGGCACGCAAGGAAAAACCAAGGGCCGUUUCUUUGGAGCCGAGAGACACUCGGUGAGCCCAAAUGGUGGACAAAGACACGGCUCGACCGAACUUGCUCUAGCCCGCUUCACACGCGUGAUGAUUAAAAAAAACAAUAUGCUGAAGUCCAAAGAGUUUUUACUGUAUUAUGGUACCUCGUCUCGCCAAGCUGUGAAUUGUGAAUUUUUCUUGUCGGUUUUUCUUCACCUCCUCAGCCGCGGAGUGUCUUUUGUUUGCUGGUCGUGCAGCUCUGCGGCUUGCCGAGGCGAACGCAGCCGACUCCGCGCAGCCUUUUCCGGGUGCCCGUGGCGAAAUUCGUUCGGAGAAAGGAUUUUUUUUUGAACGAUCCUUCUUUAGCUCGACGUGGACGGGCGCAACCUCUGAAGUCGUUCAUCGUUUGAAAGAAGAGCGGCCCUCGAAAUUGCGACCCAACAUUGCCCCGAAAGGCCCUUCCGAAAGUCUCGCCGGCUGGGCUGCUGCCCUUCGAAUGGGAGCAUGUUGACGCCGACAUUUCUGGACCUAUUUUGCCACGCGCGCGUCUACACAGCCGUCGUUUGUCCUCUGAGAAACCGACAAAUGAACGUUAUUCGUAUUUAUGAGAAAACAGCCACGUGGACUGGCGUUUACAUAAUUUAUUCAUUUUUUUUUCGUUCCUGCAAUAAUUGUGCUUUUUUAAAAAAAAGGCAAAAUCUCAAAUGCCUUUUUUCCGGGUUGCCUAAAUGGAGAUCCAAACCAAGUGGUGGUCUCACUAUGCUGUGAAUGUGUCUUUUUUUUCCUCUCUCGCUCUCUCUUUCUCAGCCGCUCGAGAAAGUUGUUGGGCAAGUCAAGCCGUUUGCCUUAUGGAACCAUAAGCCGGAAAAUGUUGCAGUGUUGUGAAGAGGGAGGGGUCGCGUUUUUCUAUGCGGCAAAGGGGACUUUGGGCAAAAAAAAAUCAAAUAAAAAGAAAAAAAAUGAAAUUGGUCAUUUGCUCCGCGACCAGAUAAAGUUCUCCUUGACACGGUCCUGAUAUGUAAGCGUUUUUUGAAAUGAUGGUGCAAAGGUCAAUAAAAACAGUGAAAAGUC